CCUGAAAUCCUAUUGGUUUCUUUCCUGAUUGCGUGGACGAACACGGAAGUGGGCAGACUGUGCUGUGAUGAGAGCAAGAUGAUCGCGGAUCUGUUGAUAUUCGGGACUUUACUGGUCAAUGCAGGGGCUGUGCUGAAUUUCAAGCUUAAAAGGAAGGAGUCACAGGGGUUUGGAGAUGAGUCCAGAGCACCAACAACAGGUGACAACAUCAGAGAAUUUCUGCUCAGUUUACGAUACUUCCGGAUCUUCAUUGCUCUGUGGAAUGUCUUCAUCAUGUUCUGCAUGAUCCUAUUGUUUGGAUCAUGAUCAGCGUUUGCAGCGACUGGACUUCCACCAGGAUGCUCACUUUUCCAGACAGAUGCUAUAAACUUCUCCUUGAUGGGAUUUUUCCUUUGGCCCUUUCAAUUUGAAUUAUGCUCCUCUUCAAUUACAACUCAAAAAUCUACGUAAAUAUGCGCCUGGCUGUACAGGAAUUUAUGCAUCACAUAUUUAUUUUCUAUUCCAGAACUUGUUAGAUUUUUACCUUCUGAGCUGUAACUGAACCGCUGUUGCUGGAUAUGCAGUUUGUUGUGCUGUGCUCCACUAUAGAACAUGGGCUGUUGUCUCCAGCAUGCCAGUGCUUUUUAAAGAAACACCAGAAACAUCCAUUUAUUUGUUUUACCUGCACAGCCAUCAAUUUGGGUGGAUUCAGCAGACUAGUCACAAUGAUCUGUCUUACUUUAUGAACUCUACAUCUCAUUUGUUGGUCAUAAAUGGGACAAGCAUCUCCAAUUGUACUCAUCAGCUGUUGUGUGCUGCCUCUUAGAUGACUAUAAAUGCUCUUUUUUUUCUUUAUUCUGGUGUACAUGUGCUAAAAGUAAAUGUAUAUACACGAUAGUGUAAAAUUUGUCCUUAACAAAGAACACAAAGUUUUCCUAUUGAAUAUUGGUGGCUCGGGUGUGGGCCGUGAUGUGUCUGAUCCACAUUAAAUACAUUUGUUCCUGUCACUAUCAUUUGUCAGGCAGAUAGUUCAACGAUACUGAUUAUACUACAUCAGUGUUACACAAUGACUGUAUACGAUGUGUUCUUUCCAUUUAAUAUUCUACUGUACAGUGGGAAAUGCAGUGUGUUUAAUGUCAAAAUUCAGUCAAACUGCCACUAACAACAAAUUAAAACAAAAUGUUUUUCUAAA